AUGGGUAAGCUUGAUUCUUCAUUACUUCUUCAUUCCAUUGUUAAUGAUGGAAUGAACCUUUCUAGUUUCCACUAUUCUUUUGCUCGUUAUUUUAAAAUCGUUUCUAAUCACAUGGAAACUUUAAAUGAGAGUUCAAUGUCUUUUAGGCAAAACCCAAAGACUUAUCAUCACUUCAAUAAUGUUGAUGAUGCUUUGACUUUGUUUAAUGAAAUGAUUGAGCAGCACCCAAAGCGUUCCAUUGUUGAAUUCACUAAAUUAUUAGUAGCCCUGGUUAGAAUGAGACGUUAUGCCACUGUUGUUUCUCUGUAUAGCCAAAUGGAAUUGUUGGGAGUUUCCCAUAACGAUUAUUUUUUCAACAUCUUGAUUAAUUGCUUUUGUCAACUUGGUGGAAUUGAUUCUGGGUUUUCUGUUUUGGUCAAAAUGCUGAAGCUAGGUGUUAAACCUGAUGUUGUAACUUUUUCCACUUUGAUUAAAGGACUUUGUAAACGAAGUAAGAUUUCUCAGGCGUGCUUGCUAAAGGAGGCUCAUGAUCUCUUCUUCGAAAUGAGCAAGCAAGGCAUUAAUCCCAAUGUCAUCACAUAUACUACAUUAAUCGAUACACUUUACAAGAAAGGAGUGGUUUCUAAAGCUAAAGAUAUCCUUGGCACAAUGAAAAAGCUAGGCAUUGAGCCUAAUGUUGCUAAAGCGCUAAUAUUAGAGUAUAAGGCUCCUGAAAAACAUCAUCGACUUUCAUUUUCUGCUAGCAGACUCGGAUCUCUUUCAUCGACCUUUCUUAUUGAGAACCAGAACAACUUCGUGGCAAUGAGGACACUGAAGAAUCAUCUAGAUAAGACAAAGAGCCUUCCAUUCGUGAAGCAUAUCGCGGAUUUCCAUUUGCUGUUGUUUCUAGCCAUGUCUCAUGGCCUUGGUUCCGAUGUUCUAACACUAGUAGCAUGUGUUAGCACAGAGACAACUGUGACAGCCCUAAUUUGA